CAGAAAAGAGGGGGAAAGCAGAGUGUCGACAAAUAAAUCUCACAAAAAGCAAAUAAGUCAUGACGGUUGAAACGCCAACUCUGCCAGCCUCAUUCUGGGAGCCAGUCCUUUCUCUGUCCUCUUCAAAUGAUCGCCUCAGGUGGUACAUGUGUGUGGUGGUUGCACUAUCUUCAUUUAAUUUCCCCGAUGUUAUCCCACAAGUUUACAGCCACUUAGAUACCCAUGUACUCUCUACGCUCUCCCCUGAGGAUUGCUUCUCCUAUGUCCGAAAACUCCGCGAGGGUUUAAUCAAGUCCACAGGGAUAGUGGGUGCCGCUCGAACAGGUAAUGCGAUGCGCACUCUUGCAAAUUGCGUCCCUGAAGAUCUCCGAGAGAAGGAAUCUCCAAGAUCUAAAGAGUCGGAAGAAGUAGCUCGGGAGAGGGGGAAAGCGUUCUGGACGAGAAUCUAUUCCCAGAACAAGGCAUUCGACCCAGAGGCAUCAGUGCGGGCAAGCCCCGACUACGCCUUUGUCGUGAGAGAGGUGCUAUAUGGGCGCAUCUUCUCCUUCGAUGGCAUCAUAGACGAUCUGACAACAGGAUACGCCAUUGUCUCGGCGCUUUACGGUAUGGACUGCCAGAACCAGCUACAACAUCACAUGAAGGGCAUGCUUAUAAACGGUGCUACGAGACAUGAUUUGGAGGAGCUUCAAAAGCUCUGUUUAGGACUGGCCAACAUCCUUGGAGUGAGGUUUCGUUAUGGGCGUGCACCGAUCCCCACACUGGAUAUUCAGUAAGAAAAUUCAGUGAACAAUUUUACAAAAUAAGCAAAAUCUUUGGAGAUCGCCG